AUGGAGACAGAUCUGAAUGAUUAUACCGUUAUCAAGGAAGGAGAAGCUGAGAUUCUUAUGCACAAGAAGAACCAAGUCUUCUUCAACAAAGCUCAGGUCAACAAUAGGGACAUGUCAAUUGCUGUCCUAAGGGCAUAUAUUUCGAAAUGCAAGCAAGAGCAUGAGGCCGUGUUAUCUAAAAGAGCUAGAUCAUCUGGGAAAGUGGCUGAGAAGGCUGUCGCUGAAGUUUCCAAGGAAGAAACUCCUACUGAAAACGGCGAGGAAAAUGGUAAAACCAAUGGAGAACAUGAAGUAGUAACAUCUCAGGAUGGUCCAAAGGAAGCUGCCAAGACCGCUUAUGAACCUGCACGAAGAGAACUCAAGCCACCAAGAGUGCUUGAGGCUCUGUCAGCUUCCGGGUUAAGGGCUUUGAGAUAUGCUCGUGAAGUUGAAGGAAUUGGUCAAGUUGUGGCUUUAGAUAAUGAUCCCGCAUCGGUUGAAGCUUGCCAGAGAAACAUAAAGUUCAAUGGCUUGAUGUCUUCUUCAAAGGUGGAGUCACAUCUUACUGAUGCUCGUGUCCAUAUGCUCACCCACCCAAAAGAAUUUGAUGUGGUUGAUCUUGAUCCAUAUGGUUCGCCUUCGAUUUUCCUCGACUCAGCUGUUCAAUCAGUUUCCGAUGGUGGGUUGCUGAUGUGUACAGCGACUGACAUGGCAGUGCUUUGUGGAGCUAACGGCGAGGUUUGCUAUUCCAAAUAUGGCUCCUAUCCACUGAAAGGGAAGUAUUGUCAUGAGAUGGCUUUGCGUAUCCUCCUCGCCAGUAUCGAGAGCCAUGCAAAUCGCUACAAGCGGUAUAUUGUUCCUGUCCUAUCAGUCCAGAUGGAUUUCUACGUCCGUGUUUUCGUCCGCGUUUACACUUCAGCGAGUGCGAUGAAGAACACUCCACUAAAGCUCUCAUAUGUGUAUCAGUGCAUUGGUUGUGAUUCUUUUCAUCUUCAAUCUGUUGGAAGAUCUCUCCCUAAGAAUAACAGUGUGAGGUAUCAAGCAGGAGUUGGUCCUGUUGUUCCUCAGGAUUGCACUCACUGUGGAAAGAAGUACAACAUGGGUGGACCGAUCUGGUCAGCUCCAAUUCACGACCAAGAGUGGGUGACUUCGAUACUAAACGGUGUCAAAUCCAUGAAAGACAGAUAUCCUGCUUACGACAAAAUCUGCUCUGUUCUCACCACUAUCUCUGAGGAGUUGCCAGAUGUUCCGCUCUUUUUGAGCCUUCACAGUCUCUCUGGAACGUUGAAAUGUACUUCACCCUCAGCUGCUUUGUUUCGAUCAGCUGUAGUCAAUGCAAAGUACCGUGUCUCGGGGUCCCAUGUGAACCCGCUCGGGAUCAAAACUGAUGCUCCAAUGGAGAUCAUCUGGGACAUCAUGCGUUGCUGGGUGAAAAAUCAUCCCGUGAAGGCGCAAGCACCUGAGCAUCCCGGAAGUGUAAUUCUAUCUAAAGAACCAUCUCAUCAGGCUGACUUUUCACGCCACUUUGGUUCACUUAGCAAAGCACAGGCGAAGAAAGUAGCCAGGUUUCUGCCAAACCCUGAGAAGCAUUGGGGUCCAAAGGUUAGAGCUGGUCGUCAGAUCACAAGCAAACACGUCUCGCUUCUUGGUCAUGAAGCAGUUAACGGUCAUCUCAAUGACCAUAAGGAAGUAGAAGAAGGAGAAGAAGAAGAAGAUAUCAUUGAGGGUGAGCCAGACCUCAAACGCCAGAAGACAACAGAGGAUAUUGCCUCAAGAUCAUAG